CAGUCGCUACGCUGCUCCGAACUUGUCGGAUCAAAGCAAACAUCGAAAAUUCGUGGCACUCUAGAAAAACCGACAACAAGGGGAUUUUAGAGUGACUACCAUGUCCUCGGCUGCGGUACCCUUACUGGAUGAAGCCGUUCCGUUCGGCGAGGAGGAUGAAAUCAACCAGGAUGGCAUCGUCAAAAGGCUCUCCCACCCGUACGUGACGUUCUUUCACAUCGCGUUCCGCGCAGCGGCCAUUGCGACGUACUUGUUCUGUGGUUGGUUCAGUAGCAGCUUCAUCACGAGCUUCGUGUUCGUGGUACUGCUGCUGUCGGCCGACUUUUGGACGGUGAAAAACAUCACCGGUCGCUUGCUGGUGGGACUGCGCUGGUGGAACUACGUGGACGACGCUGGCGUAUCGCACUGGAUCUUCGAAUCGAAAAAGGGCGAAAGCUACACCCCCAAAUUCAACCCGCACGAAGUGCGCAUCUUCUGGAUGGCGCUCGUGCUAUGUCCGGUUAUCUGGGCGUUCUUCUUCAUCGUGGCUCUGUUUGGCUUCAAGUUCAAGUGGCUGCUGUUGGUGCUCAUCGCGCUCGCCUUGAAUGGUGCCAAUUUGUAUGGCUACGUUAAGUGUAAUUUUGGCGCUGGCGCGAAUCUUAGCACUACGACGACCGAUUUCGUGAAGAAACAAGUGCUGAAAAACGCUGUGAAUCUGAUGGCAACCCAAGCCAGUAGCUCGGAUGGUGCAGGAGGGGCGAAUAGGCCCACUAGCAUAGUGUAAACAUGUGUAGAGUAGCUCACAAUCUCAGCAACUUCGGCAAAUUCCCGUGUUCCAAGCAUGCAGCGCAAUCCAUGAGUAUUGCCGCAACAUUUAAACAGACCGUACUCCGCAUCACAUACGGGACCUUUCCUUCCGCUUUUUUUCAUUGUGCCCAUAGACCAAAUCAAGAUAAUUAUGCCUCUUUUCCGGCACUGCUUCAGACUGAAGAAUGAUUGGACCUUUACAAACCUUUUUAGCUUAUUAGUUGCAAAUUGCUGUGAAAAGCUGUUAAAUAAAAAAGAAACAUGCCAUGUGUUUACGAUA